UUAUCUCUUUCUCUCAUGGGUCCUGCUCCCAGAACAUAUGAUGGAUCUUGAUGUGACCUGUGAGCAGUACUUCCCUCUUCCUUUUCCUUUAGUUUCUGGCAAUGACAGAGUCCACACGCACCGAUGAGCAGAAUCACCUCUAUUUAACCCGGUCAUUUGGCCCGCAGGAGCAUAAAGCGUGCAGCACUUUGUCACUCCCACCAUUCGUCCGUCUCUACUCGGAGCAGUCAUGAAUAUGAUCUGGCUUUGCAUCAUACCGGCGUUUUCAAUUACUCUGGUCAUCUGUGAUAAAAGCAUUGACACAAGCCACAUCAGAGUUUUUCCAGCAGCGAACAAAAGUAUUGCCGGAGUCCUCCAGGCGACCUCCCUAAAUCACCUCAACCAGCCUCAGUAUGCCUUCAAUGCCUCUGAAGCUCGGAGGCUCUGCUUGUCCCUUGGAGUGAAGAUUGCCUCAAAAGCACAAGUGAAAGAAGCUCUCAGUAGAGGUUUGGAGACAUGCAGGUUUGGGUGGGUCGAUGAGCAUUUUGCAGUCAUUCCCCGCAGAAAGGCCGUCUCUUACUGUGGCCAAAACCAGACGGGCUUGGUGACAUGGCGAGCAUCUGUUAAACACAAGUUUGAUGUGUUCUGCUUCAAUGAAUCAGAUGCUGCGACACAAUUGAAGGAUACAACAACUGAUAGCCCUUCGAGCAGCAGAGAUUCCUCGAGGCAAACUCAGUCUCACUCUGAGGCAGCAAACACCACCCGGAGCCUCCACUCUACCUCUACCUCUUCCUCCUCCCAUCUUCCUUCUUCCUCCUCAACUCCUGAAACCAUGGAGAAUGAAGCAGAACCGGCCCGUUUUACAGGCAGUGCACAAGCCUCUUCUGGAGGAAAAGCUAUUCUAAUCACCUCAGCGUGUGCCCUUCUUCUUAUUGCAAUCAUAGUAAUUGCAUACAUUAAAAUUCGAAGGAAUCGCAUUCUGACUGCUGACAUGAAGCCGCAGGAGGAGUUCAUCCAGACAGAAGAGUGGACGUGUGUGAAGACUAUCAGCGAAACCAAGACAGACACUCAGGAAGAUGAGAGGAUAGAAGUGGACGACAGUGAAAGUUAAACUUUUGAGAUAUUUCUAAGAACUUUGUGGAUAACUGCUGUGUAUUAUUUUCCCUAAAGACAGAAAUAUGUUCCUUUUUGUGUGCCUUGUUUUUCUGUUAUAAAAUGGCCUUGAAAUGCACUUAUUUUGGUAUGUAUUUGUAAGUACUGUAUAUUCAGUCAUCUGACGUUAUUAAAUGGUGCAGUUUUGCCACUAGAUGGCGAUGUUUGCAUUACAAUCGUU